GAGGCGAGAGUGAGAGAGUCAGUAUAGGACAGCAGAGCAGAGCUUGGAUGAGCCGCCUUGUAAUCCCGAGAUGGAGUUGCUGCUGAUCUGCCUCUCCCUGUGGAUAUUGCAAUGCAAUUCGGCCAGAGCGGACUCCAUCAUACAUAUUGGUGCCAUAUUCGAGGAGAAUGCUGUGAGAGAUGAGGAGAUUUUCCAACUUGCCAUUUCAGACCUCAGUCUGAAUGACGACAUUCUGCAGAGCGAGAAAAUAACCCACUCGGUGAAACUUAUCGAGCCUAACAAUCCUUUCCAGGCUGUGCAGGAAGCAUGUGAGCUGAUGAACCAGGGGAUCCUCGCUCUGGUCACAUCCACAGGCUGUGCAGCUGCAAGUGCCCUGCAGUCGCUGACAGAUGCAAUGCACAUCCCACAUCUCUUCAUCCAGCGAAAUGGAGAUGGUUCACCCAGAACUGCCUGCCAGCUCAACCCCAGCCCAGACGGAGAGAGCUACACACUGGCUGCUCGUCCGCCUGUGCGGAUAAACGACGUCUUGCUCACUCUGGUUUCUGAGCUGCACUGGCAGAAGUUCAUCAUUUUUUACGAGAGCGACUAUGAUAUUCGAGGUUUGCAAACAUUUAUGGACCAAUCUUCUCGGCUGGGACUGGAUGUGUCCUUGCAGAGGGUGGACCGCAACGUCAGUCGUGUGUUUACAGACCUUUUCAACACAAUGCGCACUGAGGAGCUCAACCGCUAUCGGGACACGCUACGUCGGGCCGUGCUGCUCAUGAGCCCUCGUGGUGCACAGGUGUUCAUCCACCAGGCUGUGGAAACCAAUCUGGCGUCCAAGGACAGUCACUGGGUCUAUGCCAAUGAGGAGGUGAGUGAUCCAGACAUCAUGGAGCUUGUUCACAGCUCUCUAGGCCGGAUGACCAUCAUUCGUCAGAUCUUCCCAUUGUGGAGGGACACAAACGUUCGCUGCAUGAGGAACAAUCACCGCAUCUCCUCCCUGCUCUGUGACCCACAGGAAGGCUAUCUGCAAUCGCUGGAGGUGUCCAACCUCUACCUGUACGACAGUGUUUUGAUGCUGGCCAAUGCCUUCUACAGGAAACUGGAGGACAGGAAAUGGCACAGUAUGGCCAGCCUUAACUGCAUUAGGAAGUCCACUAAGCCAUGGAAUGGUGGAUGGUCUAUGCUGGACACAAUCCAAAAGGGACGCAUCAGUGGACUAACAGGACAGAUGGACUUCCGCGCUGAAGGCUCAAACUCACAUGUUCAGUUUGAGAUUCUGGGAACCAGCUACAGUGAGACAUUUGGGAAAGAUGUGAAAAGGCUGGCGUCUUGGGACUCUACCCGUGGUUUGAAUGGUAGCCUAAAGGAAAAUCGGAUAGAGAGCGGUAUGCAGGGAGUGACGCUCAAGAUUGUUACACUGCUGGAGGAACCUUUUGUGAUGGUGGCAGAAAACAUUCUGGGUCAACCCAAAAGAUACAAGGGUUUCUCAAUAGAUGUUCUGGAUGCCCUUGCUAAACUCCUGGGCUUCAAGUAUGACGUCUACCAAGUUGGAGAUGGGAAGUACGGCUCAGCACUCCCUAAUGGAUCCUGGAAUGGGAUGAUUGGGGAUCUCAUCGGCAAGCGAGCCGACUUGGCCAUAUCAGCCAUCACCAUCACCCCUGAGCGCGAGAGUGUGGUCGAUUUCAGCAAGCGCUACCUGGAUUAUUCAGUGGGAAUCCUGAUGCGCAAGUCAGAGGAGAAGCUCAACAUUUUUUCCUUGCUAGCACCAUUUGAUCUGGCAGUGUGGGCAUGUAUUGCUGCAGCCAUCCCUGUUGUAGGCAUCAUGAUCUUCCUGCUCCGGCGCAUCCAAGCGGUGCGCUGCCAGAACAGUGCAGGCGGACAUCCGCCGCCUUCUGUCUCCACUUCGCUCCAGAGUGCCAUCUGGAUUGUCUAUGGUGCUUUUGUACAACAAGGCACUGACUCCAUUCUCGGCUCGGUGGCUCUGCGUAUUGUCAUGGGCAGUUGGUGGCUCUUCACCCUCAUUGUGUGUUCGUCGUACACAGCAAACCUGGCUGCCUACCUCACAGUGUCACGUAUGGAUAACGCUGUCAGGUCUUUCCAGGACCUGUCCAAGCAGGUGGAUAUGGCUUAUGGGACAGUGAGGGACUCGGCCGUGUAUGAGUAUUUCCGGGCCAAAGGCACCAACCCUCUGGAGCAGGACAACACUUUCGCAGAGCUUUGGAAAACCGUUAACAAGAACAACGGCUUUGAGAACUCUGUCAUCAAUCCGUCAGAAGGCAUCAAGAAGGCAAAGCGGGAGUCAUAUGCGUUUCUGUGGGACAUGGCAGUGGUGGAGUACGCUGCUCUGACAGAUGACGACUGCACCCUGACCGUAGCAGGAAACAGCAUGAGCACCAGAGGCUACGGCAUGGCUCUGCAGCACGGCAGUCCCUACAGAGACCUCUUCUCACAGAAGAUCUUGGAGCUUCAGGAAAAAGGUGAUCUCGACAUCCUAAAGCAGAAAUGGUGGCCAAAGAAAGGCCGCUGUGACCUGCAGAGCUACACAGAUGCCCAGCCGGAGGGACGUGCGCUGCGUCUCCACAGCUUUGCCGGCGUGUUCUGCAUCCUGGCUGCCGGGCUGCUGCUGGCCCUCCUCGUGGCUGCACUGGAGACCUGGUGGAACAGCAACCACUGCCGAAGAGAGCAGCCCAAAGAGGUGACCAAGGAUUAUGGUCUGAACAGGAUUACGGGUCCAAUGACAUAUUAUGACAUUACAAGCAUGUCACCUGCAGGGAGGGACAUAUGGACAGGCAGAGAGACAGAGACUGGGAGAAGGCAGAGGUUCUUGACACAGGACAAAGAGGUAAACCUGGAACAGGUCCACCAGCGUUUGAACAGCCUCCUAGACGAGGACUUGGCCCACAAGCAGCUGCCCGGCCAAUCUAUUGAGAUCUCUGCCCUGGACAUUAGCAGCAUGCAGCCCAGCCAGUCCCUAGAGGCCUUGUCUGCUCGAGACUACCCUCGAGGACCACGGCCACUCUCUGUGACCACCUUCCUUCAGGAGGGUCACGGGCCAGGACGGACACUGGGUGCAGCGGCUGGCAGGACCUUGCCCUUGCCACUCAGCAGUGCCACCAUGCCCUCUAUCCGCUGCAAACACAGGGCACCCAACGGGGGCCUCUUCCGGCAGAGCCCAGUCAAGACCCCCAUGCCAAUGGCCUACCAACCAGUGCCAGGAGGAGCCAUCCCAGAAGGCAGUGAGCCCAGCCAUGGCACAUCCAUCUGAGCACGACAAGUAUUCACAGACACUCGAGCUCAAAAAGAAUACUGCAGAGCCACACAGAGUGCUAACAGUGUGAAAAGAGAAAACACUAAAAAGGGAUUUUUACUACCAGUGAUGAAGAAUCAGAGGGCUGAUGCUUGACAAGAUACUGGGACUUCAAUGUACAUAUUUGUAAGUACAAAGAGAGAUAGGAGCAACAUUAAAAGUGUAUUUUGAAUAUUCUCAACAGUUGAGUUUAAAAAACAUAAAAUGAUCCAAAAAAAAAAAAAAAUGACUGUUUGAAUGGCUUUGUAAAUUUUGUUCUAAAUGAAUAAAGGUGACAAUUCUUUGUGGUUGUUUUCUAAGUGCCAAGUUCAAAGAUGUUUUCUUUCCGAUUAACAUUAACUGAAUGUACUGUCAGAAUUCAUGAUGAAAAAAAAAGAAGAUAUUUCACACUUCAGAGACAUUGGAAGAACUGAUUUGUUUCAUAUGAAAAAAAUAAAAGUAUAAUACAAAAACUA